AAGACGAAUAUUCAUAUGAUUUGUGAUUUUGUCCCAUAUAGAAGAAGAAGAAGAAGCUCCCGUGUCUAGCGAGUGAGACCAUCGGAAAAUCGGAGAAAUGGAAAUCGGAAAGAGGAAGCUCUCUUCGGCGUUGGCUCUGAUAUUCCUGGCAUUGAUCUCGGCUUCAAUUGCGACCUCGGAGGUCCCUUUCAUGGUGGUCCACAAGAAGGCGUCGCUCUCUAGCAUCAAAUCUGGAGCCCAACGCGUCUCCGUCACCGUCGACAUCUACAAUCAAGGAUCCUCGUCAGCAUAUGAUGUAAAUGUGGCAGAUGAUGGCUGGGAUUCAAAUCUCUUUGAGAUUGUUAGUGGUAACACUUCAAAGUCAUGGGAAAAGCUUGAUGUAGGUCAAGUUCUGUCACAUUCAUUUGAGUUGCAGACUAAGACAAAGGGUCUCUUCUACGGUUCACCAGCUGUUGUUACUUUCCGUGUCCCAUCUAAGGGUGUUCUUCAGGCAUAUUCAACUCCAAUAUUGCCUCUAGAUGUGCUUGCAGAGAGCAUCCCGGAGAAGAAGCUUGAAUGGGCAAAGAGAUUGGUGGGUAGGUUUGGACCUCAAGUGUCAGUGAUUUCGAUUGUUGUGACGUUUGUGUAUUUGAUCGCAACUCCAUCAAAGGGAAGUAAGAAGAAGCGUUGAGUUUAGGCUUGAUCUGGCCAUUUUAGUCUUCUUUUUGGAACCUUUCUCAUUUGUAGUUGACUUUUUUUUUCUCUUGUGUAUCUUUCGAAUCAGACCAAUAGCAGCACUACCCUUUACCCAAAAAAAAAGUCAGAUCAAUAACAAGACCACUUUAAUCAUUUUUAGA